AUGAGAAACCACACAGCGAUAACCACGUUCAUCCUCCUGGGAUUAACAGAUGACCCAUACCUGAAGAUUCUAGUUUUCAUAUUUCUAUUUACCUCCUAUAUGUUGAGCAUAGCAGGAAACUUGAUCAUCAUCCUCCUCACAUUAGUGGAUUCCCACCUUAAAACUGCCAUGUAUUAUUUUCUCCAAAACUUUUCCAUUUUAGAAAUUUCAUUCACUUCUGCCUGUGUUCCUAGGUACUUGUAUAGUCUAUCAACAGGCAACAGGACCAUUACCUACAGUGCUUGUCUAAGCCAACUAUUUUUAAUAGACUUGUUUGCAGUAACGGGAUUCUUUCUCCUGACCGUCAUGUCCUAUGACCGGUACGUGGCCAUCUGCAAACCCCUGCACUAUGUGACCAUCAUGAACCGCAGGUUCUGCAAAACGCUUGUCAUAGGCUGUUGGGUGACGACUUUUUUUUUGAUAUUCCCCCUAUUUAUUUUGUUUUUGUGCCUGGAAUUCUGUGACUCAAAUGCCAUUGACCACUUUCUCUGUGAUGCAAACCCUCUGAUGAAGAUUUCAUGCUCAGAUACAUGGUUCUUAGAGCAGCUGGUUGUUGUCUGCACCGUUUUGAUUUUCAUCGUGACUCUCGUGUGUGUGGUUUUGUCUUAUAUUUAUAUCAUCAGAACAAUCCUGAGAUUCCCAUCAGCCCAGCAAAGGCAGAAGGCGUUUUCCACCUGCUCUUCCCACAUGAUUGUGCUUUCUAUCUCCUACGGAAGCUGCAUCUUUAUCUACAUUAAACCUUCGGCAAAAGAUGACGUGACCAUGAAUAAGGGGAUCGCACUAUUACCUGUUUCCAUCUCCCCCAUGUUGAACCCAUUUAUUUACACGCUAAGGAACAAACAAGUGGUAAAAGCCUUUAAUGACUUGGUCACAAAACUGUACUUCUUCCAAGGAAUUAGGAGAAUGUUGAAGGGUCCAAAAUAA